AUGAAGAUUAAUCGAACUAGUUGGUUUUUCGUUAAUGAAACCGUGUUGCCAUUUUUCAACAUCUCCAGCUUUAAUGCCACAAGGAAUGGAACUGGUAAUUACAUCGAUGGUUACUUGCCUUUAUAUGGACCCCUGGCUUUUUACUCCAUAUUAGCAGUGCUUUCAACUAUUGUCCUGAUCACCGUCGUGUCAAAUUCGCUCAUCAUUCUAUCAUUUAUAUACAACAAGAAACUUAGGAAAUUGACAAACUAUUUUUACAUGAGUUUGGCCAUUUCCGAUUUAUUGGCCGGACUGUUUGACAUGCCGUUAGGGGUUUGGGAGGUGUUGAUGGGAUACGAAGACUGGCGAUUCGGUAAAACUUUAUGCACAGCUUGGAUGGUGUUGGACUACUGGAUCUAUACUGCUUCGACGUACACUAUGCUGGCAAUCUGCAUUGACCGAUAUUUCGCUAUUUUACACGGUUUACGCUACAGAAGAAUGCGUACAAAUAGACUGAUUAAUGGUAUGAUCAUAUCAUGCUGGGUUACUGCAUUCCUGGUAGAGGUUCCCGGAUUGGUGUUAUGGGAACCCCUGUCAGGUGUGAGUAUCGUCGACUAUUCGUAUUAUUGUGAUGUAGAAUGGGCGGAGAAUGAGACGUAUGCUACAAUAAACACACUACUCACGAUGUUCAUACCAUUCUCUUUCAUACUAAUACUGUCAUUUGCUAUUUGGAUCGCUCUACGGCAUCGAUCUAAAGCAUUAAAGGGAAAAGACGGUGUGAAUUUAUUGGGUAUAAGUGCAGCUUCGAGUAUUUCAAAAAAAUGCACAGAUACGCAAAUCAAAGUACGUACCAUCGACGUCGGUGUGCAGACAUCUGAGUGUGAGCAGUUCGAACGUAGCAACAGGAUUCAGUAUUGUGACAAGUCGGUGUCAACUGCAGAUCUAGAAACAUUGUGUUUCACUCAAGAGCUGGGCUUAGGAAAUGGCAAUGUAAAGGGAAUUGAAAACACUGGGUUCGUAUUUGAACACGAGUUGAUCGAGGGUGAAAUACUCCCAACGGACUUUUCUCCUGAGCAAAGUACACCGUCUUCAAACGUGGAGUGCAUCAAAGUCAUUCGUAUUCACGGCGAAAUGAAUGGUAAUGACGAAACUACCAGAGAGGUUGAAGCAGACCAAGACAGAACCUCACACGCGCAAACACGUAAGAAAUACGAAGACGUUUUGGGUUCAAAGCAGGCGAGCACAAAGCAUCUUGAAAGACUGAACACUUUGAAGACAACAUACCAGUCGAAGAACAGACGCGGCGCCGAUAUGAGUCGUCUUGCUGGUGAUAAACGGGCUGUCAUGUCCUUUGCCAUUCUGCUGGGUACGUUUCUAGUGCUGUGGACGCCUUGGUUCGUCAUCGCAACUCUAGAAUCAGUUUGUGAGGAAACGUGUGUAAUGGGAGAUACGCUGUAUUACAUUGCAUCAUGGUUGAUCUAUGUUAACUCAAUGAUCAAUCCUUUUAUAUACGUGUUUAGGGACGCCGAAUUUAAACGUACUAUAUCUGCUAUUUUGUUGUGCUUCUGCUGCCGGAAAAAAAAAAAUUUAGCGUGUUUUCAAUAA